AUGGGCAGGUAUCAAUUUUGCCUGACGCGCUGGGCGCUGGUGCCCGCUGAGCGCUCCUGCUUCUUGGUCCCACGCAGUCGUCGACGUCUACCAAGGCUGGUGCGGCCCCUGCACGCCCGUGGUGAGCCUCUUCCAGAAGAUGAGGAUCGAGAUUUCUAUCCUUGCUCCUUAAAGGGGAACUUUCAGCAAACGUUUACUCAGGCAGAGGCAGACUGUCUUGAUGUCCUUGAAAAAUACAGAGGGAGGUGCGAGCCGACCUUUCUGUUUUAUGCAGGAGGGGAGCUGGUGGCACUGGUUAGAGGAGCAAAUGCCCCGCUGCUGCAGAAAACCAUCCGAGAGCAGCUGCAGGCUGAAAAGAGGGUGCUGGCCGAAGGCAGAGAACGGAGAGUGAUUAAAGAUGAGGCUCUUUCUGACGAAGAUGAAUGUUUUUCCCACGAAAAGGAAGAUGGUGACGAUGAGGAUGCGGUGUCAUCAGAGAAGGCCUGCACCUUGGCAGUCAUUAAACCAGAUGCAGUGGUCCAUGGGAAGACGGAUGAGAUUAUCAUGAAGAUCCAGGAAGCUGGGUUUGACAUUUUAACAAAUGAAGAGAGAACCAUGACAGAAGCAGAAAUGCGACUUUUCUACCAACACAGAGCUGGAGAGGAGGCAUUUGAGCAGCUGGUACAUCACAUGUGCAGUGGACCGAGCCGCCUCCUGAUCCUCACCAGGACUGAGGGCACCGAGGAUGUGGUCACCGCCUGGCAAACCCUCAUGGGACCCUGUGACCCCGAUGUGGCAAGGAGGGAGCAGCCUGACAGUCUCCGGGCUCAGCAUGGCACAGAAAUGCCCUUUAAUGCGGUCCACGGAAGCCGGGACUCGGAAGAUGCCCGCCGGGAACUGGCACUGCUCUUCCCCAGUUUUAAGUUUUCAGACCAGGUUCCGGAAGCCCCUCUGGGCCUCGAGGCCGAAGGAGAGGGCCCCGGUGAGGCGCUGUGCUCCCCCGAGGACGUGGACGAGGCGGCCCGCGACCAGGGUGAGGCCGUGAGAUGACGCGUCAGUGCACCCAUAUCUGCUGCACGUUAAGGAAACCUCCAGAGCCGAAAAUUCCUCUUUUGAGCACCAAUACUUUUUUGGUUUAGUUAUUGUUCAUGAAUAAAAAUAAUAGUAUCCACUUUCCUGCCUUAUUAAACAGUACGAAUAUGGAACAUGUACUUUUUUUUGGCCAU